AUUUAUGACUGGUCUCUUGACUUGCUUCCGGAACUUGCUCGGCCAAUCACUACACCUGAAUCCGAGGAGAUGCCCCGGUUGUAGCCGGACAGGCGUCUGAUCAGAGCAACUUGCUCGCUUCGCUACCUACCUCGAAUUCUUUGGUCCUCGGCACUCAAUGGACUUGCUAAAUUUCACACUCGUAGCUCCCAACUCAUCUGUAGUAAACAAAUCCUUGUGCAAUGCUUGGCUACGCGCCAUCGAAGAAUACUUUCCUGACCCAAACGACUCUCCCUUUACAGUCAUAGAGGGUAAAGUCCAGGAGAUAGAUCCUAAACGCUUGCGCUGUGAUUGCGUAGUGUCUCCUGCAAAUUCAUUUGGAAUCAUGGAUGGCGGAAUCGAUUAUCAAUUCUCUCGUAUUCUCAAGGGAAUGGGUGAUAUAUGGCACUUGACUGAUCACUGCCAGACUUACAUUCGAGACGUCUGGCAUGGUUACAUCCCCCCUGGUUCCUGCAUGAUCGUCCCACUUCCUGAUGAUGCCACCUCAGCAGGCAACCCGUGGAAUGCACGUACUCUUGCCAUAUCACCUACGAUGCGCGCACCAGAUGAUGUCAGUUGGCACCAAGAUCUUGUUUAUAAUACCAUGUGGUCUCUUUUGGUGCAACUCGACCGAUGGAAUAAAGCCUCCGAUGCGGAGGGCCAUCUCAAGAUUCAGACAGUUUUGAUGACAGGGCUGGGCACGGGUACCGGAGGCAUUGAUGUGGACAAGUGCGCACGGCAGAUGGUCCUUGCGGUGAAACAUUUCCGUAUGCCCUUGGCUGACCACAGUGGCAGCGAUGUCGGCCUGUUCUCUUCAUCAGGGAGGUGCUUGUGCUGCCUUUGGGGCGUCACAGCUAAAGUUCUUGACCGCCCUCAACUGCAGGGCCAACGACCAUCAAUAGCAAAGACCGUAUAUGUUGAGAAUAGCCCACCCCUGUUCGUUCAGCUUCAAGACGUUGCUCUGCCCACUCGAGCGUCUCCAACAUCCUCUACUACUCUAGCUGAUAAGGAUCAACACCCAGACCGUGGAGAUAUAUACCAGCCAGAGUUGAUCUGA